CGCCAGUCGUCAUCUUUGCGCCACGAGUUGACAACAGCACGAGUUUUCACCUUGUUGUGAACCUAGUUGGACACGAAGUCCUCCUCCUCCUUCCUCCUCCUUCUCCUCCGCCGCAGAGACAGCAAACAUCAACGACAGAAGUGUGAGAUGCCAAAAUACUGUUCAGUCAUAAACUGUAAGAAUGACUCCGGAAACGGACAGGAGAGGAAAAGUUUCUACAAGUUCCCCCUGCAGGACCCGUCGCGUCUGCAGCAGUGGCUGAGGAACAUGGCGCGUGAAAACUGGACUCCCUCUCGACACCAGUAUAUUUGCCAUGAACAUUUUGCGCCUUCGUGCUUUAAGGUGCGAUGGGGGAUACGGUACCUUGAGAGUGAUGCUGUACCGACAGUCUUCCCAGAGGCAGAGAAACGGAAGGCGACAGACGCUUGUGAGAAGAAGCCAAAACGCCUACGAGCUGACGGCGUUCAGAGCAUAACGGCAUCAGAUGACAGGACGGCGGCUGUGGACGCCGCAGAGAUGGAAAGCACUUUGCACACCCUGCACCUGUAUGAGAUCACCGUCGACCAAUCACAGCAGAGAGACGCCGGCCUGGCGGAGACGGCUGGAGAGCCCCACUGCUCUUUCCAGACGGAACCAGUGAACCCGUUUCAAGUGGAGGCACGUUUCCCUUUAACUUUAUUCCAGACGGUAGACGAUCUGAGCGACAGUGGGGAGAACGCAGAGGUGGUGCUGAUGUCUGAAUGCCCCGACGGUGAAGAUGAGCUUGUGAAUGGAAUCACCAUAGUAACGCAGGAUCACGAGCCGGCCGCGAACGACACCACACUUUGCCGCGCGGAAGAGACUGCGGCCUCUCCCGGGGUUCAAGAUGUGACCUCGGAGGAGUUCACAGGCGGCCACGACGAAACUCAAGUCAUCGCCUACUUCGAGGCGAUACCGAGCGUCUUCUCCGCCGAGACUCCCGCGCGGUUCGCCCUCUCCCCUCACACCGUGCUGUCGUCGGCUCUCAGCUCCAAACCCAUCGCAUCCACUCUGCCAAUCGUGUCCAAACACACGCCGUCUUCCCCAGAGUCCCUGGUCCUCACGGUGCAGAGGCUGGACACGGAGGAGGGCGACGACGGCCAAUCAGAGGAGGACAGCGGAGAACUGCAGGACCACCAGCUGGAGGAGCACUGCUACCACAAGAACAGUUUGAGUAAGGAGCAGCUCGAGGCCAUCGUGGUGGAGCUGCAGAAGAAAGUGAAAGUGCUGCAGCAGCGACACCGCCGACACCUGGAGAAACUCAUGGGACUGGAGAACACGGUCAGCCAGCUGAGACAAAGUAACCUGCUGAAUGAAGAGCGACUGCAGCUGCUCGAGAGGGCCUACAUACAGACCAGUGCGGUGUCGGACGCAGGGGAGACUGUGGCCAUCAUCUACGAAGAAGAAGAUGGUUCAUUCUUGUAUGCACCGCUGGACAACACGUCGGUAAAGCUGUGAGGCCCAACACGCUGCAAGAAGUCUCAUCUGUGUGUCGGCUGCACAACUGGGCCCAAAAAAAAAGGACAAAAAAAACAAAACCCUACCUAACUUUAGUUUGUUUUGUUUUCUUUAACGUAAUGUUGUUGGAUCUGCUGUGAAGUUUGCACAAACAUGAAAUCGUAAUAGCCUAUGGGACAAUGUGGAAUGUGCUUUUUAUGAUCAUCACCAGUUAACUCUUCCUUCUUGUUCUCCAACCACUUUUUGCUUUGAAUGUAUUUUUUUGUCCAGGGUAAUGUAAAUCUAAUAAAAAUAACUCCCAUUGAG